GGACGCCUUUUAAACGAACUCGCCUGAUGAUGAGGCACGCUAACUGCAUGCCAUACGCCUGCCUCUCACGGGUAUGACUAUGCAAUACCACCGGUACGUACACGGGAAGGUGGGAGUCUAUGCGCAUGCAGCCCGCCCCUAACCCUCUAUACACUCUGGAGCCAGCAUGGCGUCGCAACUUGCAGGUCUGGCGCCAGGCGCAAGCAGCAGCUCUUGUCGUGGUCAGCAUAGCCCUGGCCAUCAGCGCCCAGCGAAAAGCAAGAGGAAGUAGCCUCACGGAGUCUCCGGUGCAAAGUGCACGCGCCCACACGAAUACUUGUUGCGGAGCGAACAAGCGCAGUCGGACGAGCUUCGGGAAGAGAGCUGAGAGGGCGCACUGCGCACCACUUCUCUUAACCGCUGUUCCAGCAGGGGUGCGCUAGUGGUCCACUCUAACUCCUAAGGAUGAGAAAAAAAGCGUCUGGAUCUAUACGUUGG